UGAGGAAAUACAGAGAAGACAAGGGAGAAAAUUCAGCGGCUGCAGCAGCAUUUUAUCAUUAACGAGUAUUCUAGAGCAAAGUGUUGACUUGACUCUGCUGCCCAUCCUCAAUCCCAUCUUCCAACCCUCAAAUUUCAUCUCGCUGCGUACCAAUUCUUGCUCCAUUUUGCUUCAUCGAGAAACUUGAGCCGCCUUCGCUUGCCCUCCGAGGACGACGGAAACGAGAAACUCACAGGAUCUCUGCGAUUUCAGCUGAAUCUCAGGCAAAUCCCCUGAAAUUUUCAAGCUCCAUUACAUUGACCAGAAUUCAUUCGAUCAGUACCGGGAGGGAGGAAGAGAGGGGGAACAUUUUGAGGGUUUACUUUGGUAGCCAGUCCAAGUUAGGUGCUUAAGACAAUGGGGGGAAGAUGUAGCAAGCCUAGAGGCGGGGAUGACGGAUCUGUAACCCCUAACCUGGCUGAUCUUGCCCAAUAUGAGACUGCUUGUGGGGCCGAUCCUCGGCUCACAAACUUUGACACUGCUCUCCAUAGGACAGCAAAUCGGGUGAUCAGCACGCUCGCAGUCGACGUGGGCCGUCAAUCCCUGUCCUUCACCUCGCUACAGGAAGUGACAAAUAGCCAGCUUGAACUGAACCAGCAUGUGGUUCGGCUACUACUUGAAUGCCAAGACGAUAUGUGGGACGACAAGGACCUUUCUGGCCUCAUAAAUGAUUACUUUGAGACAAGCAACCAGGCAUCAAGAUUCUGCAAUGUCCUUGACAAGUGCCUCGCUCGGGCUCGGGACAGCCAGCUGAUACUCCAGUUCGCAGUGAGUCAUUUUGAGGCGGAGGAGGAGGAGGAGGAGGAGGAGAAGAGGGAGAAAGAAUGCGAAGUUGGUCUUGAAGGGACAAAGUAUGCUAAGACAUUGAGAGAGCUUGAGAAGUUUAAGGCGGCUGGGGACCCAUUCACUGCUGACUUCUUUGAGCUUCUGCAGUCAGUGUCAGACCGGCAAUUUGGGCUGCUGAAGAAGCUUAGGGACCGGAAAAAGAAAGUGGAGAAAAAAUUGAAGUCUUCUGAGACAUGGAGGAGGGUAUCGAACGCUCUAUUUGUGGCUGCAUUUGUCUCGGCCCUAAUCUUCUCGGUUGUGGCAGCAGCAGUGGCAGCUCCGCCAGUUGUGACAGCUCUCGCAGGCGUGCUUACAGUGCCAAUCGGUUCAGUGGGGAAGUGGGUUGACUCUCUAUGGAAGAAGUACCAGAAGGAGCUGAAGGGGCAGAAAGAGUUGCUCGGUCUUAUGGGUGGUUCCACUAGAAUAGCAGUCCUUGAAGUGCAAACUAUUCAGGUGCUCGUGGAUAAAUUUGAAAACAAGAUUGAGUCUCUCAUGCAAAAUGCUGAAUUUGCCUUUGGAGGGGAUGAGGCACUGAGGCUUGCGGUGGGUGAGAUCAAGGGGGGGAUCGAAGGGUUCAUGAAGGCUGUCGAAGAUCUCCGUGAACAGAGCCACACAUGUAGCAAGGAUAUUGGGAUGGCGAGGAUAAUUCUCUCGCAGAAGCUACUUUCGAGAUCCAACGGUGACUAGAGAAUUAUGACAGAUUUUUGGAUAUCAUAAGCUUGGGCUACAAUCCGACUUGCUUGAUGAGUGAAGCACUUUAUUGCAAGGGAAAAACUUCUCAGAGAUUCAAGUCACAAAGCAAGCUGGCGAGCCAUCAGUAUAGCAUUUUUUAGUUCCAUGAUCAAUCAAUGAGUUGAAAUGGUGGCUUAAAAGGGAUAAGGACUUCCGUUAUUAUUGUUCUUCUGAUUGCGUGAAUGGAGGCUAUGUUGGUAUAUAUAUAUACUCAUGGGAUCUGGGAAAAGCUUACCGAUUCAGUCCUCAGUCCCACUACUAUGUAUUUAUAAGUGUGCUUCAUAUAUGCUUGUCGAUUAUACUGAUGUUUAGUGAUGUAUUCUUUUAGAAAGUGAGUAAACAGUUUUUAACGGUUUCCAGA